AUGGUCGUCGUCCAUCGUGCUAAAACUUGGUCUUCGCCUUCAGAGUCCGCUGACAUAACUGCCCACGAUUAUUCUGAAUCUUCAAACAAGGAACGCGACGAAAAUGAAGAAGGUACAGAGGACGUGAAGGAAACCAAGAAGAACCUUGAAGCCGAGGUAAAAGUCCUUAAAAAGCAGAAACAACGUCAUUUCUAUGCCACCAGAAGAUUCUUGUUUCCUUUGGGAAUACUCCUCGGCGUACUUCUUGCUUUUGCACUCGUUACACCCGCGGAUAUUCACCAAAUGCAUAACCAUUUAACUGUUCUAUUGCAAGAAAUGGAAUUAUCCAUUCCUGAGAUACCCGGAUUCGACUUGUCUAGAUUAGAGAUAGAAUGGGAUAGACUGAGGAGCAGCAUACCUGAGGUGUGGAAGUUCAAUCGUGACGGACGCGAGUUUCAGGUCGGAGAGCGGAUGGCAGAACGCGGACUGUCUGCAAAGUAUCCAGUCAUAAUAAUUCCGGGCGUUAUAUCUACUGCUUUGGAAUCGUGGUCAACAGCGCCAGACUUCCGACCAUUCUUCCGAGAAAAGAUGUGGGGUGGCCUCAGCAUGCUUUCGCAAGUUACAUUCAAUCGUGAAAAGUGGAUUCAGGCUAUGACGCUUGAUCCUUACACGGGUUUGGACCCACAAGGGACCAAGAUUCGUGCGGCGGAAGGCAUUAAUGCUGCCAGCAUGUUCAUUCAGGGAUACUGGAUUUGGUAUUUUCCUCUAUUGCCCCGAGCCUACUAA